GAAGUCCAAGCCCAAACUUUCCUUGAUAACAUUGCAGCUUUAAACCAUAUAAAAUAAGUUGUUCUCUUUAAAUAAGUGAAAAAAAGAAAUAGAUUGACAAACAAUAAAUAAGUCGGUGGUCGUUACUGAAAGGAAACCAAGUAAGUAACAUAAAAUAAAAGUCUAGAUGUAUCUUUGAAUUAGCCAUCCUGGUUUUAAUAUUCUGAUCAUUUCCUUACUCACAGGUUCUACGAAUUACACUUGAAUAUCAAAAUGCUGCUUUCGGUCCUGUCUGUGUGUCUGCUGUCACUUGCCAGUGCUCAGUAUUACCCUCCAAUCUAUGACCUGACCUACUACUGUGGCUCAACCAUUUUCGUCGACCGGGAGGUCAAGGUCAGAGUAAGGUCUCAGACUUACCUUAACCCGAAUCAGAACUGUACACUGAUCCUGAGACCGAACCGCGGCAAUAGGCUGGUGGCCUCGUUCCUCGGCUUCAACCUGUCCACUUCUUACUACUACGACGAUUCCGGAAACUGUCAGUAUGAGUCCAUUCAACUGACUGCUGAUGGCUCCUCACAAUUUGGUUAUCGUGGCUACUGUGGCUACUCGGUGCCUUAUGGUCAGUACAGACUUGGAUCCAUAAACACAAUAUCCGUCAUCAACUGGCAGCAAUACAGCUAUAUAUAUGCGCCCAAUCUGGACAUUAUCUUCACGGAAGUAUCCAGCAAGUACUCCAAUAAUAACUGUCCUUAUCAAAUGUUUGACUGCCAGAACUACGACACCUGCAUAGACGACUCACUCAAGUGUAACGGCUACAAUGAUUGCGGCAACAACCUGGACGAGACCACCGGCUGCCACAACCACGGCCCCUACAUUGACAUCAGCGUUAACCUCCCGGCCAUCGUGGGGGGUAGUGUGGGCUUUGUGGUAUUCGUCGUCAUCAUUGUGGUCACUGUGGUCAUCUGCAGACGCAGGGGUGGCAAAGGUGGCUACAGCCAGUUCUAAAGGAUUCGAGGAAAAAAGUUUUAGUUGAAAAAUAGCACUACUCGAAUCUUAAAACGGUCAUCAAGAAAAAAGCAAUUAUUUAGAAAUAAAACUGAAAAACAAUUGCAACAGAACAUCAAAACAGAACAUCAGAUUAUGAAGGAAAAAUUUUACUGAAAUAAUCGCGAAUCAAACAAAAAAUGUCAUUGAAAAUGUAUUUUAAGUUUUGUUUAAGUGUAUUAUAUCAGAGAGAGAGAGAAAGAGGGAGAAAGAGAGAGAGAGAGGGGGGGGGGGAGAGUUAGUCUGAAAUGGAGUGAGAGAGAGAAUGAGAGAAAGGAAGAUUAAUAGAAGGGAAAGUAUGCUGAAGUGUUUAUGUCAGUGCAAAAGUAUUGCGUGUGUAUGAGUUUCCAAGUGUGUCAUGUGUGUGUUUUAAUGGCAUUGUAUGUGUCACACACUUUAAACAGAUAAUUUGUUAAUUUUAUUUAAGAAGGCUUACAUUUAAAAAAUAUUAAAUAAAUGCUGCUGCUUUUUAAUUCUAUAACUAUAUCAAUUCUAUAUCUAUUCGUUAAUAAAAUAGAACUCGCAGCAGA